CUAGUCUCACGGCGCUCAAUCCUUUCUCUGCUCCAUUCUUCGUGCGACACUGUUGUCCCCAAGCCUCUGCACUCGCUCAUGUUCACAUGUAUCAACUUUUCGGCUUGCCUGUCGCUACUGAACUGUCGGAUAUCGACUGCCAACUCCCAAUCGCUUCCUCCACAGCGUCACUGUUUGCGCCGUGGUCCUUAUCAAACCGCCAUACAAAACUCUCAUAUCUCAUCUCAUUUCAAACUCCGAAGGUUCCUUAUUCCUCCUCGCGACAUUCCCACAAUUUCCGUGAGAGCUAGAGAUGCCACGAAUUCCGCCCUUAGGCAACUCAAAGCCCUCAACAAAGCCGCCUUCUAUCGAUAUUAAAUGUCCUGCAUGGUGAACAGAGCAUACGUGGGGGGUCAGACCUUGUAUCACAAGGAAUGACGCGAAGGGUAUUGGAGGAGGAGCUGCUCAAUGAUAUGACGAGACACUCAACGUUGCGCGAACGGGCCUAGAGAACCUAGGAUCAUAUCCGGCAGCAGCGUCAAAUGGAAGU